GCCGGCACGCUCCGCAUGGUCAGCGGCGUGACACGCCGCGCGCGGCCGCGCGGCGCCGCGCCAAGCACGGGCAGCGGCCAUGCAUCCGGCCAAGCACGCUCACACGCCUCCACGCCGCACAUCCCCGUCCAAUCCAUCCGGGAAGAGGGCAGCACCGGCAUCGUGUCGCCGCAGCACCGCACGCCUCGCACGCAGCCAGCAUGCCACACCCAAGCUGGGCAGACAUCGCCGCCGCGGCCGCGCCAUCGCCCGCCAGCUCGUCCGGCUCCGACGGCGAGGGCAGCGGCAGCGGCAGCAGCCGCGCCAACGCCGCCGCGCGCCGGCGCCCCGCCUGGCACACGUACGACACGGACGUCACCGACUUUGGGCCUGCCAGCCUGGGCGACGAGGGCUUCGUCGUGGGCCGCUGCAGCGAGUGUGGGCGCGUCGUUGAGCGCAGCUACUGGAGCUUUCACCUCGAGAACUGCAACCUGGCUCUCUCCAUAGCGUCCGGACGCCUCUCGCCCUCGUGCAUCGCACCAGUCUCGGCGAGCGGGCGGAAGCGCAAGGCGAGCGUCGGCUCUGACUCGGAUGCGCCGCUCUCCAGCGGCAUCCCGCUCACGGGGCCCAACGGCAAGCCGCUGUCGAAGAAGGCGCGCCGCGAGCAGGAGGUGCUGCAGCGGCGCCUGGAGCGCGAAAAGAAGAAGGAGGAGAAGAAGCUCAAGGGCGCCGGCCUGAACAAGCGCGCUGGACCACUCAAUGUGGACAAGCAGUGCGGCGUGCCGACGGACAAGGGCCUCUGCGCACGCUCGCUGACGUGCAAGACGCACUCGAUGAAGGCCAAGCGCGACGUGCCGGGGCGCUCGGCGACGUACGACGCGCUGCUGCUGGCGUACCAGAAGGCGCACAACCCCAACUUUGUCGCCAAGCUGCAGGAGAAGGAGAAGGCGCUGGCGGCGACGGCCGAGGCCAAGGCCAAGCGUCUGCGCGAGAAGUCGAAGCAGCGCAAGCGCGGCGGUGCUGCGGGCAAGGAGGCGCAGGCACUCGACGAGCGCCGCGACGACGAGGAGGAGCCGCCAGAGCAGGAAGAGGACCUCGAGGAGGAGCUCGAGGGCAUCCUCGAUGCACUGCGAGCUGCGGCACAGGGCGAUCGCACGCGAGCGCUGCCGCUUGCCGUGCCCAGUCUGGCGGGCGCCUACACGGCACGGCGACGCAAGCUCAUGCGCUGCCGCGACCUCUUCCGCGCCUCCAUCAUGGCCAGCCACGGCUCGUAUGCGCCGGCGCUGCCGUUCGUGAUGGCGUCGCAGGGCUCGGCCCCGCCGAGCGCACGCAUGGCUGCAGCAAACCAGGCGGCCGCAGCGGGACAGCGCGGCAUUCCGUGGGCGAAUGCGUUCGUCAAUGGGGGUGCCCAUCCCGGACCACCGCCUGGCUGGCCCAACGGCGCUCCUCCGCGGCCUCAGCCCGCCUCGGGCCCCUAGCGCCCUCGCUCCGCUCAUCAUUCUAGCACCUCCAUCGCGUCUCAUCUCCACUUGUACAACUGCACAUUCUAACGACG